AUGUCUAUCCUUCACCAAUCUGCUCACAUCUAUCCUUCUCAGUUUGCUCAUUUUGUUCAUGUUUAUUCUUCCCAAGCUGCUCACAUCUAUCCUUCACCUAUCUGCUCCUGUCUAUCCUUCACCAAUCUGCUCACAUCUAUCAUUCCCGCUUUUGCUCAUGUCUAUCCUUCACCAAUCUGCUCACAUCUAUCCUUCCCAGUUUGCUCAUGUCUAUCCUUCCUAGCUUGUUCGUGUUUAUUCUUCCCAAGCUGCUCGCAUCUAUCCUUCCCAGUUUGCUCACAUCUACAGUGUCUUUUCAUAUCUUUCUCCAUCUGUUCGUAUCUCUCUAUCUCCGUCUGUUCAUAUCUCUCUCUCUCUCUCUCUCCAUCCGUUCGUAUCUCUCUAUCUCUGUCCAUUUGUAUCUCUCUCUCCAUCUGUUCGUAUCUCUCUCUCCCUCUCACUCCGUCUUUUCAUAUCUCUCACUCUCCGUCUUUUCAUAUCUCUCUCUCCGUCUUUUCAUAUCUCUCUCUCCGUCUUUCUCUCUCUCUCUCUCUCUCUCUCUCCGUCUUUUCAUCUCUCUCUCUCUUUCUCUCUCCGUCUUUUCAUAUCUCUCUCUCUCUCUCUCUCUCUCUCCGUCUUUUCAUAUCUCUCUCUCUCUCUCUCCGUCUUUUCAUAUCUCUCUCUCUCUCUCUCUCCGUUUUUUUCAUCUCUCUCUCUCUCUCUCCGUCUUUUCAUAUCUCUCUCUCUCGUUUUCCGUUUUCUCUCUCUCUCUCUCUCUCCGUUUUUCAUCUCUCUCUCUCUCUCUCCGUUUUUCAUAUCUCUCUCUCUCUCCGUUUUUCAUAUCUCUCUCUCUCUCUCUCUUUUUCAUCUCUCUCUCUCUCAUCUCCAUCUUUCAUCUCCAUCUCUCUCUAUCUCCAUCUUUUCAUAUCUCUCUCUCUCUCCGUCUUUUCAUAUCUCUCUCUCUCCGUCUUUUCAUAUCUCUCUCUCUCUCCAUCUGUUUGUAUCUCUCUCUCUCUCCAUCUGUUUGUAUCUCUCUCUCUCUCCAUCUGUUUGUAUCUCUCUCUCUCUCCAUCUGUUUGUAUCUCUCUCUCUCUCCAUCUGUUUGUAUCUCUCUCUCUCUCUCUGCAUCUGUUUGUAUCUCUCUCUGUCUGCAUCUGUUUGUAUCUCUCUCUGUCUGCAUCUGUUUGUAUCUCUCUCUCUCCAUCUGUUUGUAUCUCUCUCUCUCCAUCUGCUUGUAUCUCUCUCCAUCUGUUUGUAUCUCUCUCUCUCUCUCCAUCUGUUUGUAUCUCUCUCUCUCUCCAUCUGUUUGUAUCUCUCUCUCUCUCUCCAUCUGUUUGUAUCACUCUCUCACUCUCCAUCUGUUUGUAUCUCUCUCUCUCUUUCUCUCUCUCCAUCUGUUUGUAUCUCUCUCUCUCCAUCUGUUUGUAUCCUCUCUCUCUCAUCUGUUUGUAUCACUCACUCUCUCUCUCCAUCUGUUUGUAUCUCUCUCUCUCUCUCUCUCUCUCUCUCCAUAUCUCUCUAUUCCUGCCUAAAAGUCUCUUGUCUGCUUGCCUCUGUCUUUCACUUUCUCUCCCUAUAGGAAUGUUAUCUGUUUUUCUCUCUACUCACAUUUAUAGUCUCUCUUUCUUGCCUUUUGUCUAUAAGUUUGCCCUCUCUCUCUCUCUGCCUAGAAUUAUGAUUCUGUUUCUCUUUCCCCACAGGUAUCCAUUAUUAUUCUUUCAUGCUUUGCGUACCUCCAAGUAUGGUCUCCCUCUCUCUCACUUCAAGUAUAGUGUCUCUUUCUCUACCUACUUGUAUAGUCUUUCUCUCUCUCUAUUUACAAGUAUAAUUUUUCUCUCCCUACCUACAAGUAUAUGUAACUCUCUCUGUCUCUCUGUACCUACAAGUAUGGUUUCUGCUUUUCUCUUUUUCUCCCUGUAUUUGCAUAUAGGUAUUUCUAUCCAUCUCUCUCUCUCUCUCCAAUCUCAGCUUUUUCUUUCUCUUUCAAUCAUUCUGUAUCUGUUAUUUCAUGCUUCUUCCCCCACCACACACUUUCUUCUGAUGUAUCUCUGUCUAUCUUUCUCUAUUUCCAACCUCUCUUUCAAUUAUUCUGUAUUUGUUAUUUCAUGCUUCUUUCCCCCCACACACUUUCUUUUUAUAUCUUUCUAUCACAAUACUUCCUCACCUUUUUUCACUCCCAAUACAUCAUCAUCAAUUCUCAGUUUUUUUCUUUACUAA